UGCCCCUCUUCUACCUGUGCCACAGGAGAGAAAAAAACGUCCCUAUCUGCAAACAAUUUUGCCACUGUGAGUGAGAGUAUGACUGACUGACUAGUGCUACCUCUGCUUUGCAUUUCGUCUAGUCGAAGAAACCGUCGUGCUGUGAGUCGGGUGAGAGCGUUCCUUUCCAUAACGCAUCAGAACGCAUCAACAUCAGCAGCAGCAACAGUGGCAGCGAAAAAAAUUAUCACCUCGCGAACGUCCGUGUUUUUGAUUAGUAAAAUGUUUUCAUUUAUGUGCUCGCGAGUGAGGCGAAAAUAAUGUCCGAAUCGUACCCGUUGCAUGAGUGCGUUUUCAAGGGUGAUACCAGACGAUUGUCCCAGCUCCUGCGAACGCACGAACCCACGGAAAAGGACAAACAUGGCAACACACCACUGCAUCUUGCGGUUAUGCUGGGCAGAAAAGAAUGCACCUACCUGUUGCUGGCCCAUGGUGCACCAGUCAAAGUGAAAAACCUGCAAGGAUGGUCACCCCUGGCCGAAGCCAUCUCCUACGGAGAUCGGCAAAUUAUAUGUUCCUUACUGAAAAAGCUAAAACAGCAAGCCCGCGAACAGAUGGAACAGCGGCGACCCAAUCUGGUGAAGGCGCUGAAGCAAAUGGGCGAUUUCUACAUGGAACUCAAGUGGGACUUUCACUCCUGGGUUCCACUGAUUUCGCGCAUCCUACCGUCGGAUGUGUGCAAGAUCCACAAGUCUGGCUGUUCGAUCCGUCUGGACACCACGCUGGUCGAUUUCUCCGACAUGCGCUGGGAACGGGGGGACAUUUCGUUCAUCUUCAAGGGCGACAACAAUCCGAAAGACUCGCUGACGGCGCUGGACAACGAUUGCCGCUGCUAUCAGCACGUCCGGCACGAAGAAACCGAGCUGGAGAUUGAGGACGAAGUGGACAUUCUGAUGUCGAGCGAUAUCCUCGCGGCACAGAUGUCGACCAAAAGUAUUAGUUUUACGAAAGCACAAUCCGGCUGGAUCUUCCGGGAGGACAAGAAAGAAACCGUGGCCGGACAGUACGACAGUGAUCUCUAUACCAUAAAUGGACUGACGCUGGAGCAGCGAAAACGGCGGGAGCAUCUGUCCCGAGAUGACCUGCAGAAGAACAAGGCCCUGAUGGAGUCGCUGACGAAGGGCGGCCAGGCGCAGGGCAUCGACCAGAAUGGGGAGAUUAUAAGGCGGGCGUCACUGCAGGCUCCCCCGAGUAGCAGUAUCAACUGGGAGGAUUACCUUUCCGCCAAACCGGGCGAGUAUCCCCAUCUGGGCCGUGAGCUAGUGUAUAAGGAAUCGAGUAAAAACUUUAGAGCUACCGUUGCGAUGAGCAAAGAUUUCCCCCUCAGCGUUGACAUGCUGCUGAACGUGCUGGAAGUGAUCGCCCCGUUCAAACACUUCAGCAAACUGCGCGAGUUCGUAACACUGAAACUGCCCAGCGGAUUCCCGGUGAAGAUCGACAUCCCGAUCCUGCCGACUGUGUCGGCCAAAAUCACUUUUCAAAAGUUCGAAUUCCGGGACGACAUCUCGCCGGAUCUGUUUGUAAUUCCGGACACCUACAAGGAGGACAGCAUGAGAUUUCUGAUUUAUUUUAUAGAUUUCCUGAUUUAUGACCUUUCGAUUUCGACUACGUAAGAAGCGAAGAAUCAGCAGUAGAACUCUGGCACCUCUCGACAUUGGCUAUUGUCCACCCUCCGAUCGAACCGAGAAUCGUUGUGUUUGAGAACGGAGUGUUUAUCAUUAGUCCAAUUAACUUGGUCGUGAUCAUCAACAUAAUCAUUAUCAUCAUCAUCAUCAUCAUCAUCAUCAUCAUCAUCUUCGUAGACGAUCUCCAGUUUCAACCAUAUCGUGUCCAUCUUUAAACAUUUCUUCGUCAUUAGAGAACCAAAAUCAGCAAUAAUCCUAUCUAAGAGAAAAAAAUUAAACCCAAACGAUAAACACUUUUACACAAUCCAGUAGGAAUUUUGUAGUCUCAGCCAACAUAACUUUUGAAGCACACUCAUCGAAAGCUCUCCACCCUACAUCCACGUAUCCGACUGAGCUUAUGACUGAACGAUGGCUAUGAAAAGUCAAAUAGCGUUUAAAAGAGAACAAAACAAAAUAAAAACACUAACGGAACUAAGUCAAGUAGCAGAGAGCAGGUGAAUUGUAAACACAUCUUUCUAUCUCCUCAUUUUUUCUAUAAUGACAUAAACCAUAUGACUACAGGUAUGAAUAACAUAUUCCAUUCCAUUUAAGUAAAAAUAAGAACCUACCGUAGGAGCUUCAUUCGGAGAAAAAAAAAUACAAAAGAAAAUAUCUUGAACGCGAACAGACGAAUAUACCCGAAGCUUGUUGUGACAAAUGGAAAUAAAUUGGAUACUCCCAUCAAAAAAUCCUCUUUCUAAGCUGAAUGGCAAUCAAAAAUUCACUUUGCUAAGUACACCUAGAUAAAUAAAUAUUAUACAAAUGCACAGGAGAAAAUCAAUCCUCAAAUUACUUUCGGCACUCUCUCGAAAUUUCCGUUUCGCUAUCAAGACGUCAUGAUACAGUAUUGUCCAAAUACUCUCCAAAUGUUUUCUGCUUUGUCGCGCUUUUAAUGAAUAGUAUAGAAAAUAAAGAAAACAAAACGGUUCAAAACCAUCGUUAGCAAACAAAGGCAGUGUAGUUACUCAAAUUCGUGCAACCAGUUUGCCGGAACAUAGUCAAAUGGGAAAUGAAGGCCGUAUUUAAUUAGGGCAGCUUGCAUUGUUUCACCGCCGUGACAGUAGUGAUUUAAGCCUACGUAUAGAUCAUUUUGUUGCCUAAUAUAAUUGCAAAGUUCCCACCCCGCCCCUGUUCGUGAAAAUCAAUAGCAAUUGUCUAGUUUUACAAAACCGUGAAAUAAAGAUUAUGUUUGAAACUUUAAA